AUGCAGCUGUCCCAGGCUAAAGCUGCGCAAUGCUUGCUAGAAGAAUACGGGAAGGAGCGGGCUAGGUUGGCUACAGAAAUAUUCAAGAUUUUGGGACCAUUCGAGUCUAAUUAUUUGUCUAUUGACACUAGUUUAUUAAGGGUAUAUCGUUACCCAAGAUGCCUAGAGCCAGAACGAACGUGGGGCAUUGACGUACACACAGAUAGAUCAGUACUCUCUAUAAUCCAUCAAAAUGAUGUUAGUGGCCUUCAAGUUUACAAAGAUCAUCAAUGGCUUGAUAUCAAUCCUCUCCCUAAUACCCUUAUUGUCAAUAUUGGUGAUAUGUUGCAGGCAAUGAGUGAUGAUAGAUAUAUGAGUGUGAAGCAUAGAGUGAAGGUGAACAAACACAAGGAGAGAAUAUCAAUUGGUUAUUUUGUGUUCCCUGCUGAAGAUACUAUCAUUCGAAGCACAGAGUACAACCCCUUCAGCUACGCAGAUUUUCGAGCACAAGUCCAACAUGAUUUGAAAACACUAGGCCUUAAGACUGCCUUUUAUAAGAAUCUUGGCUAUGCAACUGGUGGAACAAAUGAAAGACAGUAA